AUGAAGCGCGCGAGGAGCACCUCCCCACAGAUCCUCAAGAAAAAACUUCUGCCGAUCUCUUCACUCUCCGAUUGGAAGUUGCUUCAUAACUCCGUCUUGGUGCUACCACCAUCUGUUGAUCUAGUGCGACGUUCUCUUGUUGGUGUCGCCGGGGAGAGCUCGUACUUCAAGGUGGCGGCGUUCGACUUGGAUGACACGCUUAUUGUACCACGGAAUGGGGCGGUGUUCCCGCGCGAUGAUCCCAGCGACUGGAAGUGGCUUUUGCCGGUAGUGCCGAGCCAUCUGCGGCUUCUGUACGACGAAGGCUUCAUGUUAGUGGUGCUGAGCAAUCAGUCCGGCAUCGGGGGGAAGGGAUGGAAUGAAAAGAAAGCGGAGGCCAUCAAGCAGAAGAUCAUUGCUGUCAGCAAAGCGCUUAACAUACCGCUAGCGGCUUUUAUCUCCACAAAGGAAGACGUGUGGCGCAAGCCAAACGUGGGGAUGUGGACACUCCUCCAGGAGCACGCAAGUGCUGCCAUGACAAAGGAAGUGACGAUAGCUGAGGGACCUUCUGGGUUUGUCUUCUACGCGGGUGACGCGGCGGGACGUAAAACACCUACGCUCGCUGGGCGAAAGAAGGAUUUCAGUUGUUCUGACAGAAAGUUUGCCUUCAAUAUCAGGGUUCCAUUUUUAACGCCAGAGCAGUUGUACCGUUGUCCCGCCGGUGAGCUACUUGAGGGCGAUGAGCAUCAUCAUGGUGGAAGUGAUGUUGACUGGCGUCUCUCCAGUCAACUCUUGGCGUUGGGAACUGCACCACCGUGCGAGAUUGAUUGGGGCGGCGUUGGACCCAAUGAGCUGAAAGCCCUGCCGUCUUCAUACGAAAAGCUGCCGAUUGCCCGCACCACCGCAGACGGCACCCGCAGCAUCGUGCAGCUGCCCACAACGGCGACAUUCGAUCGUGAGUCUCAGGAGUUGGUGGUGUUUGUGGGCUGCCCUGGCUGCGGCAAGACAACGUUCUUUAACCGUUUCUUUAAACCGGCAGGCUACGCACACAUCAACCGCGAUACACUGAAGACGAAGGAGAAGUGCCUACUGGAAGCGGAGCGCUGCUGGAAGGCCGGUAAAAGUCUUGUCAUUGACAAUACGAACCCUUCGCAUGACGACUGCAUGCAGUUCAUACGCUUGGUGAAGCGGCUAAACCCACAGCGCACACCCCUUCCUGUGCGUGUGUUUGUGUUCCAGGCAUCGAAGGAGUUGUCGAUGCACAUGUCCAACGUGCGAGCGAGGCUUGGCCUCGCACCAAGGAUUAGUCGGAUCGCCUAUAACGUGUUCCAGUCCAAGUAUGAAGCUUGGACGGUGGCCUCUCUGAAGUCGGCGGGCAUCGAGGAGCUGCUGGAGAUUCCACCCGUGGCGUGUUUUGACGGAUUGCAUGAAGACACACGACGGGAGUUCUUUCUGCUCUCAUGA